GCGUCAACCUGUCCUCAGCCACCAUAGAUCAACACCCCAGCCUCCGCCAUUCGACGCACCGCCUUGACGAACCUAAGCGAUUCACCCUGUCCCCCGGACGGUUCCCGUUGCGCUUCGGCACCGUGUCGCAGGCGCACGAGACGACAGUCAACCCGGAGGACCAUACCCGCCUACCGCCGCCAUCGCCGCCACCUCCACAGAAACCGACCGAAAAUGUGAUAGUGCCACAAACGGCGAGCUUCAGCCAGCAGAUCGCAAACUACUUCCUCCGCAUCCGCCGCCGAACGACGCAAGUUGUCCACCAUCAAGAUAGCGCCCCUGAGCAUUCCCUGUCCCCGGACGGUUCCCACUCCAAUACUAGUUCCGCCAACGCACCCGCCGCCAUGGCCGCCACGGAUGGCCAGAUCAUACUGGCUGCGUCCCGCUUCGGCGAUACGCAACCAGUCUAUCUGAAAGAUUUCGCCAAAACCGAUCUCCCGGCCGUCGGGAAGAUCGUCAAAGGCCAGUAUUACAACCUGGGCGUGCCAACUCUCUCCAAUCCUUCUCUGCAGAGUACGGCCCUGUUUUUGAACGCAGGCAGGAAGUACCAAAUCCUAGCGCAACCCAUCAAAAUCAAAGAAGGCCGGAAGAGUAGUAACGUUGGUCCCAAAGUCCUCAUCCCCGAGACCUACCCGGGCUACUUUGAACUCCUCAGCGAAGAUGGCCGGUCGACGCGUUGCAUCGAGAGCGUCCUGGAGCUGUCCAAGCGGCGCAACUUCCGGGUAUUGGUCCGCGAGACGGUCCGCUGCAAUCACAACAGUAAGUCGCUGCACGCCGGCGAAAUUCUCACCACGAUCUCAGACAACGGCAAGUAUCUGCAGUGCAAGACGUCCAAGGACGAAGUCGUCAAUUUGCCAUUAGAAGCCAAAGCCAAAUUCUCACCUAUUGCUAAAGAGGAUAGUAUUAGCGGUGUACAUACAGUCAACAAUCUGUUGCAGAAACGAAUGCCAGUAACUGUUAGAUUAGUCCACGGAACGGCACCCAAAGGGCUUAAGCAACCGUUUGUCCCGGAGCUGCGCCUACUGGGGUGCGUCGAAGUGGACCGGAUAUUUGCGUUGCCCCUUCAGAAGGAUAUGGAUCUGAUUUCGGUCCCACUGAAUGCCAAGAUAAAGAUCCAAAAGGCGAAAAACAUGGACCAGCUAGAUCACUUUAUCGAAUAUUCCCGCUUCUUGGAUAAGGCGCAACGCCUCCUGGUGGACGCCCGAGAUCGGUUGCAGAUCAUCGACCUAAAACUUGGUGAGAAAGAUAAAAAAGAAACCACCAAACAAACAAGCAACCGAAAAGUGGCUUCGACCCUAUCGGGCCUAACGGCCAAUGGGUAUUUGUUGAAGAAAAGCAGCAGCUGUGAUUCGAAUCGGUAUUCACCGCCCCUGACCACGGGUAGUCAGAAUGGUUCCGUCGCCGAUGAGUACGACGAAAUCGACCAAAUCUACGACUACGUUCGAGGCCUAGCACCGUUACCGAAGAACCUCAACAAGUUCGAAGCGAUCGUGGAACCGACGUCGACCUCGAACAACAGCUACAUUCCCGUGGCCACGCACCAGCAUAACCUCAAAACAGUCGAGAACAUGAAAUCCACCAGCAAUAGCAUCAACAACAACAACAACAGCAACACCUACAGCAGUCACUACGAUACCGGCAACUAUUCCAACAUUAUCAAACACCCGAACGGAAGCAGUAGCAUCGUGAACGGAAACAGUCUGGAAUCGGCCAAGCACAGCGCCGCCGCGAUCAACGCAAUCAACAACAACCAUAUCAUCGUGCACAAGGAGGAACACAAACCGAUUCCCCCGCCAAUCGAAACGAUCCCCGGCAAGAAGCUGCCGGAGAAACGCCAGCGACCUACUUUGCCAAAGUUGUACUUCAAGAACAACCUGGGCGGAGGCGGAGGAGGAGGAGUACAUCAUCAUCACCACCACCAGAAGAGUCCCACGUCGCACGUUGCGGCCGUUAGUCCCAUGGGUGGAGGUCCACCUCCGACGCCGGGACAUCUACCGCUGAACGGGUUGGGCAGCACGCCGAAGGAAAUUGUGAUAGAACCGCAGAGCCCGUUGUUCCAUAUUAGAUACAAAAGCCUCAGCUCGCUGCAGCUGGCGCAGGACUCCCAUCCCCCGACACCGAUCUCACCGUCGCCGAAGGGCGGCAUCAGCAGCAGCACUCAGGACAAGAACCACAUGCUCUCCAAGUCGGCCAGUACCGGACGCGAGGGAACACUGGACUCGUCGCGCAGUGGAGGCAGAACGUCCGGCGACUCCAAACUGCCGGAGAAGAAAACCCGCCGUCUUAGUCGACCGCGGAGUUUGUCCAACCUGGUGUGGGACCUCCGUCCGCACAAGUCGGAAAAAUCCAAGAAGAAACUCUACCUGCACCAGUUCGAUCGGCAACAGGGGACGCUGUAUUUGUAAGAAGAGGGAAUUUUCCUUAUGUUGGAAACGUUAAAAAGAUUUCGUCAUAACCGUUUUAGUCAACCGCAGAAAGAGUUUAGGCGACGUAUAUGAAACAUCUGUAAGACAACUAUUAAACACGAUUUGCUGCAUUCCGGAAGCUCCUCUCCUCGUACAACGGCGGCUGCAUUUGAGAAGAAUACAUUUAAAAGCAAAAUAACUACAAAAAAAAAACAGUUAACUAGAUGGCUUUAGCAAAACAGAAGAAAAUGUUGAUUACGAGUCAUAAACAAGUGUUAUAACAGAUUAUCUACAACUCUUGAAACAAUAUGUACUGUUACAUACUAAUGUGUUCGAUGUUUGAAAUUAGUCUCUCUGGCGUCACACACUAUCACACGCUUACCUCUAACUUAGUUCGACGUUACAAUGAAUGAAAUUUAACAAAGAAGAAGAAGAACACGAGGAAGUAGAGACGAAUUUUGCGUUUGAUCAUUUAGCGGAUUGGUGACGAAAAAGAAUCAAUCCGACAGACCAUUAAAUGCGAAAUUCGCUUCUGGUGCAUGUUCUUGAUUACUAAAACUGCAUCUUGAAACCCAAAUACAUCACACUUACACUGACCAGUCGGUAAACCGAAGGAGAUUAAUUACAAACACUGCUAUCCAAUUACCAAGACGGCAAGAGCAGCACAGGAAAAAGGCAUUAUGUUUGCGAGGAUGCGAAGAGAGAAAACGUGGAUAUUUAAUUAGUUGAA